GGUUUUAUGAAUGCUAUUUCAAGUGCAUUUAUCUCCUAAUUUAGUACACUCGCGUGAGCAGCUGUUUAUUGACCAAUCGUGUAGUCCAGAUACAAUAGAGAUAUUCACUGACUUCUUGCCCUUGUUCGUUUGUGGCCCACUAAUGAAUUGGGAAAAAAAAUAGACGAUGUUAUUAUUUCUUCAUUAGGAAGGAACAAGGUUAAUCAGUAAUAUUUUUACUGUUUGUUUUAUUCUUCUGGACCAUUCGUUGAAUUAAUGGAUUGCGUAACCGUCAGUUUAUCUGGACCUCGCACGGAUUAGAUUAAGGGAUUAAGUCUUGCCAUUAUAAUAAUAAUAACAAAAAAAAAGAAAAAGAGAAAGAAAGAAAAACGUUUUGCCUGAAAACAACGAGGUUUGCAAGCAAGAUCACGGAAAGCAGUGUUAUAAUUAAUUAAAUUACAAAAAAUGUUCAAUUCAACGGCGUCUUUAGACAUGCAGUCGUAUAUCGCACGGUACAGUCUGUUUAUUGCCCUGCUAGUCAGUAUAUUAAGCUCCAGGUUAAGGUAGAGAUACAGGUCACGCAGUUGAAAUCUUAAUUCUUUUAUCUGCAUUCACUGUUGAUAAAAACCUGAAGAACCGGUAGGAAGUUAUAUUUAGACGCGAGGGUUGUGAAUUAAGGCAUGAUUUCGUGGCGUAAGUCGAGAAUGCCAUUCACAAAGGCUACGAACGCAUAUACCUUAUUAUAAAUUUUAUGAACGGUAUAUCUUUACUAAAUACCUGAACAUUGUUUAUGCUAUGUUUUCUUGAAGAGUGAGCAUUUCUUCAAUGUGUUUCAGCAACACUUCGACCUUGGCCACGAAAGUUUAGCUUGAAUUGAAAAGGCAAUUUCAAAGGUUUGUUUAAUUAAAAACAUAAAAGAAACAUAAUCAGUAAAAUGUUUCACAGCCUUGACAAGACACUCGUGCAAAACCUAUCAGAUUUCAAGUCUAUCUGCUUAGAAAUAUUAAACUGUAUUUAGCUCAGUACAAUCGACUACUGGACUCUAAUUAACUGCUGCACGGAUUUGCGGUAAGUCCUUUGCCUUUUUCAAUAUCUUACCUUUAAUUGGGAAAGCAAGAACUCGUCUAAAGCAAAUGAUGUGACUUAAAAGGUAUGGAAAUGACAAAGUGACACUAUUUCUUUUGACAUAAAAUGCACAUACCUGUUCAAUGUCAUACCAUGUGCGUUAGUCAGACUUCUGCAAAGAUUUCUGUCAGCGGGAACGACAAAGUGCGCAGUUUUCGAUCGACGCUGUUGAACACGAGACAUUCUAAGAGAGCUUACGCGUCACCCUUAAGUCAAGUAUUGAAAUUCAGCGAUACAACUUUUAAAACCGACGGCAAAAUGAUGCCGUCAAGGCGAUGUGAAAAUGGGUAUCCAAGCGCAAUGUACUGAGUUUACGUCACAACCUCCUGGCUCAGCUAAAGCACGCAAUCAAAGUUCACUUUUCAACUACAUUAGCUGUUGUAAACAUACCGAUCUAUAUGCUCAUCUACCUUCCUCUUUAAUUUAAAUUGUUCCUUGAUCUCCCGUGACCGGUCCACAAUCGUUGAAAGAUGAUCUAAACGGUCAGCCUAAAGCAGGAAACUUCUCGAUAGAAUUUACACCAGCGCACAGUCUAUUUUUUUCUAGAAUAAGGCUCUCUAAGAGUAAACAUCAGGCAUUUAUUUUACAGCAUUAUCAUGAUCAUCAGCAUUAUCUCUUCAACGCAGAAAAUCAUCACCCGCCUCAUCCCGGCUGGGAAUUUAGAGUCCUCUCUCUACUUUAAGAAUUACUUAUAGAUUAUAUCGUUCCCCUCCUUAAAAAUAGCAGCAGUUGUCCCGAGACAAAUUCAUGGAUUGAUCAAAAAAAACGUGUAUAGACGUCAACAGCUAUUUCAGCUGACUACCAGUCCUCUCCAGGCUUACUGGAAUUAAUUUUGAUUUGUCACGGUAGAAGACUUGUUGAACUCCAGCCGAAAAAUUACAACUUUGCAAUAGAUCCGAUUAAGGGUAAGAGACUUAAACUCCCAUGUAGGUCUCAUUCUCAAGGAAAUCCCUCUUAUGUUCAGAUAAAACAUACAGUUCUUCGUAACUAGCGGUGUACCAUUAUGCGCGGGAGAUGUUUUUUGAAGGAUGAAAUGGUAAUGUCGCUUGGGAUAUAGACUUGACUGCAAUUCUCAGGAUUGGCCGAUCUCUCUAGACCCUCCUGAGAUUACCAGAGCCUGGAAUGACCUGGAAAUAACUUGAGAGGGAUUGCAUGGGGAUUUACUCUCUUUAUCUUGGACGAAGCAGCUAUUGGGCAAUCGUUUUUGCUAUAGAAGAUUUUGUCUGUUAAUAAUAUUUGAAACUUCUAUAGCCCAAAUCGCAUUUAAUGAUCAAAUUCGUGUUACAUCCACGGUCUUUUUCUUGUCCUUAAAACGUUUUUAGGGGCCGAGUAAUUAAAACUGGAACUUGAACCUUUGACCUCCGGACGCACUAGUGCUAAUCGUGCUCUAAUCAGUCGCAGUUAAAAGCAAAGAAAAUGAAAGAUUGCUUUACUUUCGCACGUCAGUUUCAAAUGAUACAGGAGUGGCAAUAGGCUCAAACGCACUUUCAUUCCUCGAUCCGUCGUCCGCUGUCCGUUCCACUCUAAUUUUCCAGAAUCCCACGUUGGACAAGUGAUCGACGGAUAUCGAGAUGAGGCGCACAUAGGACAUUAUGUACGGCAUGCUUCUGGAGAGCGUCGAACAUUUCCUCAAAGAGAAAUACGGCGAAAAAACCUGGAAUUUGAUUCGCUCUCGUGCGGGAGUUAAAAACCACGUAUUUGUCACACACGAACGAUAUCCUGACCAUCUCAUUCUAGAUAUCGCUUCUGCUGCUGCGGAGGUAAUUGGGAAACAAACUAAAAUGACCCCAGAUGAUUUCAUUGAAUUCUUUGGUGCUUGCUUCGUGAAAUUUUUCAGCAACUACGGCUACGAUAGGAUCAUAAAAGUGAGUGGAAGAUACUUCAGAGAUUUUCUGGAUGGAAUCGAUAACUUACACGAACAUAUGCGAUUCGCUUAUCCAAAGCUUAUGUCACCGACAUUUUUUUGUUCGGAAGAAACAAGCACAGGAUUGUUAUUACAGUACAAAUCCAAACGACGGGGAUUUCUGCGCUACGUUAUGGGGCAAAUCCUGGAAGUUGCGAGAACGUUUUACGGCAUCACAGUGGAAAUGAAGGUUCUUAGAAAUAAUUCAACUGAAACCGGUUGUCAUGUUGUUUACCAACUCAGUUUCAACAACUCUGCAUUUAAACCGCCUUCUCCGGAUGCCAUGUCUGUUCAUCAAAAUCGCGAUUUAACUUGUGAAGCUUUCUUCCGUAUCAUGCCUUUCAGCUUCGUCGUGACACCAAACAUGAAAAUUCUCAUGACCGGGGAGGCUUUAUCGUCAACGCUGGGCAACGUUUUAAUCGGGAACCGCGUGGAUUCAGUGUUUACGCUGAGGCGACCACGGCGCGAAUUUUCGUGGGAAAACAUUAAAUCAUGGAAUGUAAUCUGCGAGCUGGUUGCUAAGCUACCCUGUGUGAAGAACCACUGUCUUAAAAAGCCGCUCCUAAGGUCUGUGAAAUCAGUUGGUAAAUUAGAUCUUAUUAAGCCAAACGAAGCUAAUCAUAAAAUGGAGCUGCGAACAAUUCUAGAGGAAAAUGGGCGGCAAAUAAGCCUUACGGGCCACCGGAAGUCGAGACGACAUAGCGACGUAGUUGAAAGAAAUGGUGCUUUGGUGACUAGAUUGAGUGGUCAUGAUUACUCAGCAAAAGUCAUGAAACCUCUUCAUCUGAAAGGCCAGAUGAAGUACCUGAAGAGAUACGACAUGGUGUUGUUCGUCUGCUCACCCAUGAUAAGCAGUGUAGAGGAAAUGGCUCGCACUGGAAUGUACAUGAGCGACCUUGGAAUGUAUGACUCUUCACAAGAGAUGGUUCUUUCUGGAAUCCAACCUCUCCCGGAACUUGAGUAUGCUCGUGAUCAGCUUUUAGAUCGAGGAAAAACUCUGGAGGAAAAUUUAGAAAAACUUGACCAAGAGAGGCGGAGGAGUGAGGAGCUGUUAUAUCGUAUGAUGCCCAAAGCUGUAGCUGAUGAACUAAGAGAUGGAAGGAAAGCUGUUGAAACAUGCGAGCAUUUUGAGAGUGUAACCAUUAUGUUUAGCUACUUGGAUGGUUUUGAUCAUAUCUGCGCCAAUGUAACCCCGAUGGAAGUCGUUAACCUGGUCAACAAGAUGUUUUUAACUUUUGACAAACUGAGUGAGAAGCACGAUGUUUACAAGUUUGAGACCCUUGGCGAUGCUCAAUAUAUGGUGGUCAAUGGUGUUCCGGUCAGGAAGGACCGACACGUGGAGCCCGUAGCUGCAAUGGCUCUAGAUAUUCUAGAAUCUGUAAAGGAACUUAAAGAUCCCACUUCCGAGACACCACUAACUGUUACAAUAGGAAUGCACUUGGGUCCAGUAGCGGCGGGUCUUGUGGGAGAGAAAAUGCCACAAUAUUGCUUGUUUGGUGAUAGUGUAAACAUUGCGGCGAGACUCAGAACUACCUCUUUGCCCAUGAGGAUUCAUAUAAGCGAAAGCUGUAACGAAUGUUUGAGAGGGACAGAUUUCGAGACAGAAUUUCGUGGAUUAAUAGAACUCAAGGGCAAGGGGAGCACAAGGACCUACUGGCUGGUGGGAAAGAAAGAAAAAUCUCAAAGCCAAUCAUUGGACUUCAAGGAAAUUACCUCCAGCUGACAUCUGGAAAAAUUGAACUUUAGUUACGGGAUUAAGUAGUAAUGUCUUUAUCUUAUGUAAUUGAGGAUCAUAGAUUUCCUCUUGUCUUUAAUUAUCUCUGCAAAUGUGAUCCCUAUCACAAUAAUGCCAGCUAGCUUAGCAUUUGGGUUAAAGUUGUUGACUUUGAUGGGUUGCGAUUUAAUUUAUAUUCAUUUCAAACUUGUGUUAGCAAACUGCCUUUCACCACGACGAAGAUCGCUUUCACUGUACUUUUAUUUUUCCGCAUUUUUAACACUUGAAUUUUUUCCCUUCCCUAUGAGUCAUGAAGAUACAUGAAACCGGCAUACUAAAAUAAUCUUAUCGUCAGCGGAUAGAUCCUCGACAGAAACACUCUAUUGUUUAAAUAGAUAGUGAGUAGCGUAGCCAAUCAGAGAACGCCAUUCGUGAUAGAACGCUAGUACACUUAUACUAACAAUAAUUAUAGAUAGUUUUUUUUGCUUAAUGCAUACGUACAUUCCUAACUCAAAUCCACGCCGUUCAUAUUUAUUACAUUGCUAAAAGACGCCCAGGGAAAGGGAAAGAAAAGGUUGUAAGUAUAUUCUUACUGAAAAUUUAGAGUCAAUUGAAAUGUAAAUAAAGUUUGCAAUGGGGUGAAUGUCAC